AUGGAUGGCAUUAAAAGUGGACCGGUAGCUCUCCAGUGCUACGGUAACAACUUCAACCGCAGUUUUUACGAGUUCAUGGUGCGCUCGUUCUUGGGAUUCCAGCUUCCCAAACUGAACGUCUUCCUGUCCCUCAUCAGUCACGACAGAACAAACCAGUUGGUGAACUCCAUGCCUCCAUCACAUCUUGGAGCCUUGCUCCAAACUCCUGAUUUUAUCAACAAUGAAACAGCGCUCUGUGACAUCUUCAACGUAUACGACCAGACGGCAGUUUUCCUUCAGACUGUGAUUCUCACGAAGGAGGUGCAGUGGCCCACGUUGUUUUGCGUCUGGCCAUUGGCUCUCAGGAUCACAGAGAGGUCAGAAUUGGACGCCUUCUUUAGUGGCCUUAGCAACAACAACUACACAGACCUGCUCGAUAGCAGUCUGAUCAGCCCCGAGAUCACACACAAUGCAUCCUGCCUCGCCUUCCAAAGGAUAGUUGCCAUUCUUGGUGAAUUCAACUUCAAUGCUGCAGACUUCCAGAGGUCAGAUGUGUUCCUCACCAUCAGGAGUUACCUCACCUCAGAUCUUGAAGGAUACAAUGUGUCCACGAUCCGCCAAUGCAGACAUCGUACUAUUGCUCAACAGCACAGUUCCAAGAUGCUACGAUCCCAGCAACCCAGACCUGAACUCUACAGCAUGGUGAUCAGGGUGUUCACAGUGAACUCUCUGAACAUCGCCCUCCUCAACCAGGCUGGCUUACCUGCCAACCUCACCAACUACUACACAGAGCUUGUUUAUGAACAGGACAGCAACUUCAACCCCUUAAUACUUCCCGUGUUGUUUUGGUGCGAUGUUCCUGGGCCGGCUUUCGCCCAGCUGACUGAAGCAGAAAGUAUAACAGUUCUGCACAAUGUGACCACUAUCUGUUCAGACCUGGAUCCACAGGUCACUUCAGCCUUGGCGAGUAAUCUUGGUGACAACAUUGAUGCCACAGGCAUUGCUGCCCUCGGCAAUCAAAGCAACGGCUUGUCCACAGGUCAGAUCAUGACGAUAAAUCCUCAGGAGAUACAUAAUUCCCUCAGCACUUUUAGUGCAGUGACAGGCUGGAAUCAAGGGCAGGCCCGGGCCAUUUUUCUGUUACUGAUGUCUUCAGGACUGCAGAUCAAUAGCGCCUCAUCUUUGAUCAUGCUUGGAUCAAUUUUCAGUGGUGUCCCCUCUACAACUUUGGGGAACUUCAAUGGCUCACAUUUAAUUUCUGCUCUUACAAAUGUUGCUUUUCUGCAACACGUUGUGUCUGCUCCGACAUUCCUCCGACAGCAACUUGUCACUCAGAUUAUAAAAGUGAAUGGCAACACUGAGAUGAUCUUAGAAAACGUUCCGGAUGAUCUGGCCACUGAAAUCCCUCUUUUUCGGCUGAUUGGCUUGACAAGCAGUAACACUGUUAUCACAAGAGUUAACCGAAAGAAAUGGAAACGGCAGCAGAGUGUGUUCUUCUUCAAUGUUAUAGCUACUGAGACAUCAGCUAACGUUCUGGGAAGUGCAGACAACUUGUCCUCCUCAGUGCUGCAGGGGUUCACAUGUACAGGGGUGAGGAGCAUUUCAAAGGGGCAGAUCAAGAAGCUGAUCAGAGCUAGUCGGAGGAGGGGCAGUAACAAGGUCAACCUGGUGGAGACUCAGCUGACCUGCAUGUAUAACCACAUCCGUCAAGAGGCAGAUGUCACAGAUUUCAACGUCUUUCCUCCUGACAUGCUGCUGUACUAUGAUUACUCCCAGGUGCCACAGAGCAGCUGCCGGCCUUAUUUCCAAGAGUGUGCAGACGCAGACUUCAGCAUCUUCUCCCCAGCCCUCAGCUUCAAACGGGCCGCUCUGUUUGAUAACGCCAGGAGCUGCCUGGGCAUUACAAACACGAGUUUGACAAAGGAUAACAUAGCAGUGUUGGGAAACAUGUGCUGCACUCUGGAUGGAUCCUACAUCGAGAACUCGGACCCAUCUAUCUUGGAACGAGUGCAGAACUGCCCAGACCUCGAUGCAGCUCAAGUGACAGCUGUUGAAGCUUUGCUGCAGAGCGGGAGAACACAGCAUGGUGCUCCAUCAACAUGGGAUGUAGAGACUCUGAAGGCCCUCAACAUGUUACCAUUGUAUUUGACUUCAAGUUUCUACGAUAACUUUGACAAAAGAACAAAGAGGAGAUUCUUGAGGUUCUUCCUGAGAGUUAAUAGAAGGAAAUUGAGCAGACGGAUGAAAAGAAGGAUAAAGAGACAAAUAGGGAAGUCUUUCAGACUAAGAUCAAGGCGCUCAGUGGAAAACGAAUGCACCACCGGAAAUAUCACUCAGGUGACUAUUAGUGACGAUGCGUUCCCGAUCGACUACGAUGCAGUACAGUUCGAUAGAUGCCUCAGUUCCACCAUUGUCAGAGACAGCUUGGCUGCACUCACUGAGAAGGUUGAUGACGAGAGCUUUCAGAGGAUUAUUCUCGACAAGUUGAAAGAGGCUUACGCUGGCAGCUCUACCAUCCCAGAGAGUCAGGUUAUACUCUUAAGCGCAGUGUCCCGAGUCGCCACUAUUGAUGACAUCAACAUGUGGAAUAUCACUCAGAUCGACACGCUCAGUUCUUUGAUGAUCACGGAUGAUGGAGAGUGGGAUCCGAACCUGGCUGAAGCAAUCAUCACCAAGUAUCUGAGUACGGAAGGCAACACACUGAGCAGUGCUGUGCUCAACGCCAUCGCAGGACGUAACCUGUGUUCCCUGGACUCUGACGUGUUAAAGAACAUUACGGAACAAAGCCUCAGAGAUGCAGCAGUCCUGGAUUUGUCCAACUGCACCUUAGAGAAAAAGCAAGUUCUGUUCAUCAUUGCGGAAAAAGCAUUUACCCCAAACACCCGCUCAACUGCUGUCUCUGCGGACACCUACCAACUGAUACAACCUUUCACUGGGGGUGCUACUUCAGAAUAUGUCCAACGUUUGGCAAUCUCCGAUAUCAAUAUGGACAUGGCUACCUUUACUGCUCUGGAUCCAAAUGUUAUUCAGAACCUGGACGUUGAUAAUGUCAGAGGACUUCUAGGCACCAACCUGCCAGACUUAAAGUCUUAUGAAAACGAAACAGUGGUAAGGAACUGGAUAAGCAUUCAGUUACAGUCAAAUCUUGACAGGCUGGGGAUUAAUCUUACAGGUGGCAGGGCCACCACCGGCACCACUGGCUCUCCUGCCACAACUAAUCCUGGAGCCACUACCCAACCUGCCACCACCAACAAUCCUGCAGCAACUAACAAUCCUGCAACCACUAACAAUCCUGCAACCACUAACAAUCCUGCAGCAACUAACAAUCCUGCAGCCACCAACAAUCCUGCGACCACUAACAAUCCUGCAACCACUAACAAUCCUGCAGCAACUAACAAUCCUGCAACAACUAACAAUCCUGCAGCCACCAACAAUCCUGCAACCACUAACAAUCCUGCAACCACUAACAAUCCUGCAGCAACUAACAAUCCUGCAACAACUAACAAUCCUGCAGCCACCAACAAUCCUGCAGCCACCAACAAUCCUGCAGCCACCAACAAUCCUGCAGCCACAAACAAUCCUGCAGCAACUAAUAAUCCUGUAGCCACCAACAAUCCUGCAGCAACUAAUAAUCCUGCAGCCACCAACAAUCCUGCAGCAACUAACAAUCCUGCAGCCACCAACAAUCCUGCAGCCACCAACAAUCCUGCAGCCACCAACAAUCCUGGCGUAACUAAUAAUCCUGCAGCCACAACCCAACCUGGAGCCACCAUCCAACCUGGAGCUACAACAAAUGCUGGAUCGAGUUCCACUACAGGUAGCGGUGGUGUCCGCAUACGAGGCGACGGCUUCUGCUUCCUUGUUCUCCUCGUGGCCCUCUUAACUUCUCAGCACAUUCUAGCAUGAAGAAGAAACUGGCUGGUUCUAUGAAAUGAUUUAUAUAUCCACUGGCAGAAGGAAAAACUGUCUAAGAGAUGAUGGUGAUGACUAUGAAGACAGCCAAGGUUACCUCAAACCCCAAGAAAUGCUUCUAAUAGAGUUUAUGUAAAUAAUGUUUUCUCUGUAGUCAUAUUAAAGUCUGCUCUGAAACUUUUUCAUGUAGAACCUGAAUGCUCAUAUAUUGACUAGCCCUUUUUCUGCUGAUUGCUUUUCUCAUUAUUAUUAAUAUUAGAGUGAAGAGUUAGUUUUUACAAUGUCUAACAUCCUUUUUGUCUGACUACUAAUCCAUUUUUUAAAACUCUUGAUACAAAAAGCACAACAUCUGUCUGUUAGAGGCCAUAAGAUUUACCCAAUUUAUGUUGUGUCACAACUGACACAUUUCUAAAAUCUUCUUGUAUUGCUCUCUUACACUUUGAAAUGAAGGGAUGGUUUUGUGUUUAGAAAAUUAUUUCAAACUGAAAACAAUUUGGCUCAUAUCCAGAAGUAGUUAUGCUGUGCAGAGUUUGGAAAAUGCAUCUUGAGCAUAAGAACGUCUUAAUACUUGUUUUAAAAAAAGACUAACAGAAAAGGGGAGUAAAGUAAAGUUUCUGUUUUAUCUGUAUUUCUAAAUUCUAUUUACCUUUGUUCAGAAAGCACUUACUUUAGACAAGAUUUCCUUGAAUAAUGAAAUGCAUGCCAGGAUCUGUACGACUUCAAUAAGCCAUCAAUAAAUAAGAGUUUU